AUGGGCAAACCGAAACUUGCGCUACAGGUUCCGGUCGACUACACCAUCGUCAUCUCCGCGGACGGCGCAUCAGAUUCUCUCCACGGAACGCUGUCAUUCAGCAAUGUGCCAACACAAUGCGAUUUUCAGAUCGCGCUUGCAAGAGUUGGACGAUUAGAGAAGGGCAAAAAGAUGAAACCUGAUAGUGCCUCAAGGAAGCUGAUGGGCGAGCUUGGCCUCAUAGGAUCGCAGAAAGAGCAAAAACGGGAGCAAUUCGACUACGAGACUGCUGAGAAGUUAUGUGUUUGUUCCGUUGGUCCACCGCAAGAGAGGUCUGGAUCAAAGACGGCGAAGUGCGAGUUCAGUCUGCCUAUCCCGUCAUACCUUCCUGCGACAGCAAUGCUUCCAUCCGUCAACAUCUCCUAUGCUAUCUUUGCAACUUGCAUUCUGCCGGAUAGAAAGGUCUUACAGACAAGCCAGGAUCUGCGCAUCAUCCGCAAAACUGUUAAGCCGAUACGGCUGGAACCAUCACGAACAGUGUAUUUCCCAGACACAUCCUUCGCUGUGCGCGCCAGCUUCGGUCCCCCUACCUUCAGCUCCAAGAAUACCACAAUCGCAACGACAUUGCAGCUCAACGGCCUCAGUUUGCCUAUCACAAAUUCUAUGCGCUUCACCGAAACGCGCUGGCUCGUGCCCCGCGAAAUCCGCUGGGUACUGGAGGAGACCGCAGUGAUUGUCACCGGCUGCCCGGAUGCGACCGGUCACCUACCCAUGUCCAGCGCGCAACGCAUCCUGAAGAGGCGCAAACUCGCAACCGGGAAAGAGAAAUUGAAGCUCAGAUACCCAUUCACGCGGCCUGGAAAUACGCCCAUUAGCAUGCAUUCCGAUGGCUCCGGAUUUUCGGUUCCACUCACCGUCUUGGGACCAAGGGAUCUCUCCCUUGACGCCAGCACUGCACUAUCAGUAGCAGGCGGACACGUCUUACGUACCAUCCUUGACGAAUCUAAUGGCGACUUGAAUGAGUUACAGAGGAGAUUCGCAGUCUAUCUUGAGUGUGAACUGCACAUUUGGCUGCGCAUCGGAGAAGACGUGUUUGACGAAGCAUCGGGUAAUCUGGUCAACAGGAAGAUGGAUGAGAUGGCGUACACCAUCGUUUGUCCUUUAACCACGUCUCGGACAGUGACUGGGCAGCAUGACCGAGAUGAUCAAGAUGAGCCGGUGCCGAUGAUACCCCCGAGUUAUGAUCAGGUGUGGGAACAGCCGCCGCCUGAGUACGCAACGCCUUCGGGGUACAUGGCAGCCGAAGCGCACACGACGUACAGCUGA